UACCUCCCAGCCAUCAUGCUAAAUUUGUUGGUUACAGGUGAUCAAGAUGGAGAUCUUCAGUUCAGCAGUGCGUCAACAACAAGUGUACGGUUGACAACCACACGACCCCUGAACUACGAAAAGAAAUCAUUCUAUCAACUUUCAAUAACAGCUGUUAACACGGGAGAGGCAGAUGCACGCAAUACCACUAUAACUUUCAAUAUAACCGUUAUUGAUGUUAACGAUAACGGUCCAGUGUUUACUCCAGCAUUGAUUCAACAGCCGGUGGCAGAGGAUCUGGCUGUUGGGAGCCAUGUUAUCACUGUCACAGCGGUUGACCCCGACACAGGUGCAUUUGACCUGAUGAAUUACAGUAUCGUGAGCAAUCUGUCUUCUUCAUACUUUGCAAUCAACAAAACAACUGGGCAGAUUACGCUGCAGAAAGCUCUAGACAGGGAGCAAGAAGACCGCUACAUCAUCAUUGUUCAGGCUCGUGACCCACUCUUUUCUUCUGUGGCUGAAAUUGUGCUGAACGUCACAGAUGUCAAUGAUAACCAACCAAGAUUCAAUCCAAGUUCAUACUCUCUUGACAUUGUAGAAAAUACCCUCGUUAGCAGCUCGUUGGUUCAGGUCUUCGCUUCAGACCCUGAUCUUGGGCUGAACUCAACACUUGUAUACAGCAUCUUAGAUGGGAAUGCUGCAGGACACUUCGCUAUUAACUCUCAAAACGGAGUAAUCACACUGGUUAUCGCACUCGACUAUGAAAAAACUAAAUCUUUCACACUUCUCAUUGGCCUUCGGGAUAUGGGGAGUCCUCUCCUUCAAUCCAGCAAUAACGCAACAGUAACCAUUAAUAUUGUUGAUAUAAACGACAACUAUGCACAUUUUGAGAAAUCACUUUACACCGCUUCUCUACCAGAAACUAGCUCUAUAUCAACAUUUGUUGUUCAAGUCAAGGCUGUUGACGGUGACGGCACUUCAAAGCACAGUAAUCUUACUUUUAGCAUCAACCAAACAUUGGCAAACAGCACCUUUUCGAUCAACCCAGUAACUGGUGUUAUAACAUUGAAAAGCUCUUUAGAUUACGAGAAAGUUAAAGAAUACCAUUUCUCUGUCAUCGCUACAGACAACGGAACGGUACCUUAUCAACGCCAUACCAAUGUUAUUGUCUAUGUGCAAGAUAUCAAUGACGAGCUGCCAUAUUUCAUGCCUGCCACAUACAAUGUAACGGUGUCUGAAUUCUCCAGACCUGGUGCAAUGGUUUUACACCUGUUUGGCUACGACAACGACACAAAGGCUUUACAAUACACUAUUUCGUCACAAUCCCCAAAAGGCGACUUUCUUAUCGAUUCAUCCUCUGGUUCACUUUAUGCGAAAAAUGGCCUAGACAGGGAGAAUAUAACAUCCUAUACAUUAUCCGUGUCCCUUUCUGAUGGUGCAAAUUCUGCAAGUACUACGGUCAUUGUUAACAUUAAUGAUGAGAAUGACAACAGACCAAUAUUCAGCCAAACCACAUACAUUGUAUCAGUUCCGGAGAACACAGCUGUUAGCUCUUUUAUCAUAUUAGUUCAAGCCAGCGAUUUGGACAUCGGCAGCAAUUCAGCAAUCACUUACUCAAUCUUCAAUUCUGGUUUGAAUGAUUCAUCACUUUUUUUCAGUAUUAAUUCAAGCACUGGCGCUAUAAGUCUUGCUAAACCACUUGAUUAUGAACAAGACAGAGUCCACCAUUUUGUUGUCGUCGCAAAUGAUGCUGGAGCUGUGCAGCUGCGUGGACAUGCAUCAGUAGAAGUCCGUGUGAUUGAUUCCAAUGACAAUGCUCCGUAUUUUGUUCCCAGUGUUUACUCAGCAACCAUCCCAGAAGCCAUUAACGUGGACAAUGUUGUGAUGAUCUUAACUGCACGUGACAAUGAUACAAGUUCCAGUCAAUUAUCAUAUGAAAUUGUUGGUGGAAAUGUGAAUAAUGACUUUAAGUUGCAUUCGUCAAUGUCGAAUGUUCUUGUUGUAGCCAAGUCUCUAGACUACGAGACUACACAAAUGUACUCUAUAAUUGUGCGGGCUUUUGAUGGCAUGCAUUACUCAACAACAAAUGCAACUAUUAAUGUGAACAUCUCAGACAUCAAUGACAACAACCCAAUCUUCAACCCAUCAUACUAUAGGGUGACAAUACCGGAAAACACAAACAAUUCGUAUGUGUUUUUGCAAGUUUCAGCUACAGAUGCUGACGGUUCAGCUGCAAACAACCGUAUAACAUACACAUCACUUGACAACACGACAGAUUUCAACCUCAAUCAAAACACUGGCGCGAUCACGGUUAACAGUAUUGACUACGAACGAAAGUCCCAAUAUUCAUUGGUUGUCAUUGCUCAAGAUAACGGAAUGCCGUGGAGACAAAACAGGGCUCUGGUUGACAUAAUCAUCACUGACAUUAAUGACAACGCACCAGUUAUUUCACCGGUUUCAUACAGCAUCAACAUCUCAGAAGCGGCCCUCAUUGGCUUGCAGAUAACAACUAUUAAGGCCAGUGAUGUUGACACUGGAGUUAACGGACAGCUUGUUUACAGCAUCGUUUCUGGAAACAACCUUCAAAGAUUUCAGAUCAACGCCGAUACCGGCGUCAUCUCAAUUAACGGGAGCCUUGAUUAUGAGAGCGCAGAGGAGAACUACACUUUGACCAUAUCUGUUCAAGACAAAGGUGGAUUGAAGGCAGCUUCCAACGCAACUGUUUUCAUCCGAGUAUUUGAUGUUAACGAUAACCAGCCUGUGUUUGUAUACAAUCAACUUAAGUGCCAAGAAGCUGCCACUAUCCAAUUGACUAGUUGUCAAUUUGCCUUCUCACGUUACUACUACGAAGGCACUUUACCAGAAACCUACCCUACAAGUCAGACGUUCUUGACCAUCCAAACGCGGGCGUUGACAUCUUCUACAAUUUUCUCGAUAAUUGAAGUAGCUGCAAGGUCUUUGUUCCAGAUUAACCCCUCUACAGGAAAUAUUUCAUUGAUAGUUCCAUUGAAUUACACGCAGCAGAAGAUGCACCGGUUUACUGUCAGAGCUAGAAUAGGUAGCGAGUACUCGGAUGCAGUUGUUGUAGUGAAUGUACUCGAUGUUAACAACAACUGUCCGGUGUUCAGCCAAAGCGAGGUCUAUUCAAGAUUGACAACUCCAGUUGAAAGUGGUACUAUCAUAGCAAUUAAUAAAGCGAAUGAUGCCGACAGUGCUCCGGCACUUUCGUACAGCAUCACUGCAGGAGAUGCAGGAGAUGAUUUCUCAAUCGAUAACAUGGGAGUGAUUCGAACGAAGAAGCGUGUUGUAAUCGCAGGCUCAAAAACCUUCAACCUGACUCUCUCUGUCACGGAUGGUGUUUGUACAGCGCAGUCUAAAGCAGUUAUUAUCAUUCAUCUUGAUACUAUGUUCACUGUUACACCGUCCAAAUGUCCAGUCUAUUGUCCAGUUUGCCCUGUUUGCACUGGUGUGCCAGUUGUGACUACCUCUGCCCCCACAUGUCCGGUAACUUGCCCAACAUGCCUGGCACCAUCCAACUACAUGUUUAGUAGGGCUCAGUAUGUCAGAACACUUCUUGAGAAUACCACAUAUUCAAGUGCCAUUCUCCAAGUGCGUCUUGUAAGUGGAUCUGCUGCUGUUAACUAUAGUAUUGUACAAGCAAGUGCUUUGGAAUACUUCCGGGUCAACAGGACAACAGGUGAAAUCUUCCUUGUGAAGGAGCUCGACUUUGAGACAGCCAAGCGCCAUCUUUUCAAUGCGAGGGCAGAGUUCGCCGGUGGAGUCUUUGGCAAUGUAUCCAUCGAUAUUUAUGUCCAAGACAUUAAUGACAAUCACCCAUACUUCAUCACUGCAACAUACGCUGUCCAGAUUCAUGAAUACACGAUUUCUGGUGCCACUAUUGUCCAUGUUCUGGCUGGAGACCGUGACACUGUGAGCACUCUAACAAUGGCCAUUGACAGUGGAAAUACGAACAGCUUGUUUACAAUCAACCCAAGUAAUGGAGUAAUCACUUUGGCUGCUUCCCCUUACCUCUACACGCAGAAUACCUACACCCUUCGCAUCAGUUUGGCCGACAACGGAGGCUUACAGGCUGAUAUCCAAGCAACAGUGACUGUCACUAUCGUGAGAAUAACGGCAGCAAAAGCAGGCUGUAAGCUUUUUGGUGUGUCAUCCUAUAUCACUAGGACAUUGGCCGAGAAUGUAGCUGUAGGGACAACUGUGGUCUCUUUGACUGGUACACCAGUGUCUUCUAACAGAAGUAUCGUAUAUUCAAUUGGUAAUCCAGAAGGUAAUGCAUACUUCCAAAUCAAUGCGACCGGAGUAAUAACGACGAAAGUCUCAUUGGACUAUGAGAAAAUGACGUCACACAUUAUUGUCGUCAAUGCCCAAGACCAAGUGACUGGUAUAACCAGCAUUGCAUUUGUCGUAGUCAAUGUGACAGACGUCAAUGACAAUUCACUGGUUGUCACUGGCCCAUCUCGAGUAACUGUGUCAGAACUGGCAAGCAGCGGCUCAUACGUCACAACAAUCCGAGCGACAGAUAACGACGCUGGUACUAACAUUUCUUAUUCCAUUACUUCAGGCAAUGCCAAUGGGUUGUUUUUCAUCGACCCUGUGACGGGUAUCAUCACCCUGAACCAAAGAUUAAACCACGAUUCGGCACAAUCUCACAGCCUAACAGCUUGUGCACGAGACUCGAACACGGGAAGUCAAGCUUGUCAUUCGUUCACCAUUGCGGUCAGAAACGAAAACAACAAACAGACUGUAUUUGCCAGCAAGGUUUACACUGCCAGUGUACCUUUGAAUACCAGCAUUGGAACAAUAGUUACUACAAUAUCAGCAACUGAUCCUGAUGGCAUGGGAGCUGUUAAGUACAGUCUUGAUGGAGCCGUUGCGAAUGAAUAUUUUGACGUCAACGUUACAACUGGAGUGGUCACAUUGAAAAAGUCCUUAUCAGGUGCUGGCUUAUCGUUGCCCAUUGUGAUCACCGCCUGUGCAACAGAUGCUGCGAAUCCGGCAACAACAUCUUGUGUCCCUGUUGUAUUUGAUACAGGUUCUUCUGUUAUCAUCCAGCCAAAUAACUAUCGCCCAUACUUUAUACAUCAAUCGUACAGUGCCGUAAUUAACGAGAAUGCCACACUUGGAUCCAUUGUUCUCAUUAUUGCUGCAGCAGAUAACGAUACUGGUGCAUCCGGUGUUAUCCAUUAUAAUCAGUUGCAGGGAGCUAACGCCGACUAUUUUGCAGUGGACGGUAGAACGGGAAUAAUCACAAACGUGAAAUCGCUAAACACGUCAUCAGCGCCAAAAGUUUUCUUCUUGACAGUAACUGCUCGAGACCACGGCACGCCUGCCAAAACUUCAUUACUCGCAGCUAACAUCACUAUUGCCGUUCUUCAUCCCCAGUAUAACAACAAUUCAAUCACGACAGUAACCGCACUUACAAUGCAGAUUUCUUUAACGAAGGACCCAUUUGAAGACUCAAUGAUAAUCAAGUAUGAAGUUGUUGCUCAACAGUACGAGGCGUCAGCGACCAAUUUCAAUGAAUUGACAGGAAUGCACACAGUUUCGUGGUACCACGUUCAUUACAUACCAGAUACAUUCCGGUAUCGAAGAUACGUCAUUGCAACGAUUAUCAAAACAAAUUCAAAGCGAAAAAGAAGAGCUAUUCAAAAGACGUCAAGCAGAGUCGACGUCGAUGUGGGUACUGAGAAGAACUGCCAAACUAAAACAUUAGAAAGCGAUGUCUGCAAUGGACCUUUGCUACCAGGAAAGUUUUACAGAUUUCAACUGGUGGGCUACUAUGUCAACAACCAACCUGUAUCUGGCGCAUUUACCGAGCCGAAAGCAACAACUUUGGCAUCCAUUUCAACUAAAACCGGUGUCGGAAACAGUGCUUACGUUGCAACGUACUGGAUCAUUGGACUCGUUGUGUUGUCCUUCAUGUUCCUCAUGGCUCUAUUAGUCAUCGUCAUCAUUUUCUGCUUUAAGCGAAAGUACAGGCAAUAUGACGUCAGGGCAAAAUCAUUUAUCAACCCGAUGUAUACACAAACGAAUAUGGACUCAGAUAGAGAGAAAGUUUAUGCGAGUGACAUCGCAGAUGGCUAUGCUUCAGCUGGCACCUUCAACGAAGAAAGACUAAAAAGUCCAGUUAACCCAGAAGAAUUUGAAAUGAUUGACCAGCAGCCAAUCACGUCAGAGCUUGGAAUUACCAAUACAUUUACAAGUAGCCUGGGAAAUACCAAUACAUUUACAAAAAAUGGGAUGCAAUCAGCGGAAAGCCUGAGAUGUCCACGCUGUGAAUACAAAUCUCGAAGGUCUGCAGAUAUUCUUUCUCAUCUUGAAAAAGAGCAUCAUGUCCAAAGCCUUUCUUGUCCUUAUUGUAAUUUGUUUGGAUUUAGAGAUGGCAAGCAUCUUAUAGAACAUGCCAAAAUCGUUCACGACCAGACUCCCCUUGCAAACGAAGUUUCGAUUCCAUCCCUUCAAUGCCCAAAAUGCGACUUGAAGAGCUUUAAGGAUGCAGACGAACUUUUAAGGCAUUGUGAAGACGAUCACACCCCAGCAAAUACAAACACGGUUUUCAUAAAGGUGAGUGAGGCAAAGGAUGAGAGAGAGGCUGUGCCAGAAGUUGAUAAUCAAUUAAGCAAAACCUGUUAAGGAGAACACUUUAACGAAGCAUGUAUCGAAAAGGUGUUUCCACACGUAGGUAACAAAGUACUAGCAAUGUGAUCACUGACUCCAUCAAAGUAUUUCCAAGCCGCCAUUUGCAAGUUUAUGCCAAAUGAGCUACGAAAUCGCCUGGGACGAUCCAGAUCCAACUGGUCGUAUUGUCGACUAUUGCAACCUCGCUUUAGAUAAGUCACCGAAUAAGAACGAGAUAUCAAUCGGUAGCGUUGCCUUUCCCACAAGGCGAGUAUGUUGGUGGCCCUCUUGGUGGAACAAACGGAGGUCUGAAAUGGCAUCAAGGCAAAAAACGAAUAUCCGGCAGGACCUUGAUGGCACAAUAUUAUUUGAUGGGUGUCGCACAAAAAGAGAGGAAGAUGGUCAAUGGCUUACUUAUGCCGGGUACGAAUACACAUUUAGUGUGCUUUAACUAGAAGACCUAAAAAUUGGACCAAAUGUGUUUGAUAUUCUUGACGGCCCUGAUUCAGCAGAAAACGGUGCAUCUGAUGACGACAUUGAUGUAUAUUUCUCAUAUUCUGUCACAGACAGCCCCACAGCUAUAAAGAACAAUGAAACUACGGAGGCGCGUGUGCGGUACAUGCCAGUGCUAGACAAGCUUUGCGAUCCACGUAACAUUAUGCCACAUUUUUGGGAAAAAGGAUUGAAGAUUGGAGAAAGAAAAGCAAACACCGGCGAGGAGUUAAAAAAGACUGCCAUAAUGAUGAAAAAGGCGAAGGUCUUUGUGGCAUGCAUCAGUGACCAGUAUGUGGGCAACAAUCAAUGCUGGAUAGAAUUCCAAUGUCCUAAAACUACCCUCGGCACGCCGAUUGUGCCACUUGUAGUUGGGGAUGGGUCAUUUGAUUGGACUUUGUCUGUUGUUGGCAUGUUGAUCGCUGGAGAGCUGUACAUCCACUUAAAAGAUAGGACUGUCGAGAAUGACAAACUAACUGAAUUGCUGCAGGCCAUGAAAGCACAUUUUUGGUAAGAUUUCCGACAUAACUAGU